CGGCAAUCCGGUGGACCCGCUGACCAACCAGCCGAUCACCGCGCGACCUUUGGUGCUGGUGGACUUCUCGCAGGCGAGGGUGGACUGCUUUUUCGACCAGGCUGGGGUCCGGGAGGCUGUGCGCGCCGGGCUCCACCCGACCGCGGAGACCGCACUGGAGCCGUGGAACUACAUGCUGCUCGACGCGUAUGGAAGCGUCAGGAUUGAAAUCGUCAAAGUUGAAAUAGUUUGCCAUGCAUAAAAUGGAUACCAGUUGGAAGCCCAAUUUCCAAGCGGCGCAUGACAAAUCAUAGGAGAACCGGAAUCCAAUUCGUCAUGCUGUUUGGGCACAGAGGACUGCUUCUGUCAUACUUUUUUAGCAGCUCUAUUUCGAACCCUAAAUAGGCUCACAAUCUGCCUCACUUGCCAUCCCGGCAAGACCGGCACUUCAUGCCUUGGAUUUUAUGCAUGACAAACUAUCUCAGCUUUGACGAUUUCAAUCCUGACAGUUCCAUAACGCGGACUUCAUCGAC